AUGUCUUCUCCCAGAGACGACACGCCACAGGAUUCCAUGCCCCUUGCAGAGCCUUCUGACGCUUUGGUAUUACCAAGCUGCACGACUACAACCUCUCACCAGCAUGUUUCGGCCUCCACCUUUGAAAACGAUGAGACUUCGCACGGUAGCCGUGGCAUGAAUAACGGCCUCAGCAGAACAUACUAUGACUCGUCGUCCGUCGACUAUCUUCAUCCAAGAUAUUCGGCACCCAUGUCAGAGUUCGACAAAUCCCAACCAGCAACCAGCACGAACACUCCCGUCAGUGCUCAACUUUCUCAGUUGGGCACUACUACAUAUCCCUCGGCGUAUCAAGACUCUACCACUGGGCCAUACCGACAUUCCAUCGAUGAGCUUGACCUAGUAUCUGAGCCUGAGACUGGUCUAUUACCUAGUACGCCUAAUGGGCAAGGACAAUCCUCGAUCCAAGCCCAGAAUGCCUCCAAGUAUUACCCGGGCAUCAAUACCACCGAGCUAUCCCCAGCAACUUCCCACUAUCAUCAUACCCAGGAUCAACAUCAAGACGUCGAUACCUCCUCUAUGUCACCGUCUACCUGGUCAACAUCUCCCUUCAUGCCUGGGUACCCCCCACAAGCACUACUCACCACCACCACACCCACCCUACAUACCUCUACCUCUGAUGAUAGUGCCUUGAAUGGCCAUGAAACCACGUUCGCCAAGUGGCUAUCCUCCACAGAAAACAGCGAAAUCCCCAUCGCCGAAAGGUUCCAGAAAUAA